UAAGACCUGCUCCUCAGUCCUUGCCAUCUCUCACUUUCCUCAGGACAAUCUCAGCUUUCUCUCUCUCUCUCUCUCUCUCUCCUUGUCUAUUCUCUUCCCCGUUCCCAUCUCUCCUUCUGCUCCAUCACUAGAUUCCCCCCCAAGACAAUCGAACCGGCGCUUUUCCUUUUCGUUACCCGCCGGCACUCCCAUCCGCACUCUCCCAAAAAGAAUCCCUUUACAUCUUCCAAAUUUUCAAUUCACACGUACAAAGCAACCACAAACAGGAACAACUUUUAGCCACGCUCUCGCUCUCUCUCUCACGGCUACUACUGCUCCUCUAUAGUUAGAGUCUGCACAACAACAAUCUCCGCAUUUUGCCCAUAAAUUAAGAGAUUCCUCCUGCUGUUUCCAUCUCCUCCGUGCAAAUGAUGGAAACUUCAUCGCAGUUGUCCGUUCAGCAAGCUCCCCACCACCACCACCAAGACCACCCGACGGUACCUCCCGGUGAUUCCCCAAUGCCACCACCCUCGCAAGCUUUAAAGAAAAGCUUCGUUACUUCAUUAAUGGAAGCUGCCGCGUUGCGCACUCCAUCCUUUAAAGAAGACACCUACUUUGUCUCCUCCCUCAGGCCAUCUGAGAAGAAGGCCCUCCAGGAGCUCAAGGACAAGCUCAUGGCCUAUCCCGGACCGGCUGAGCACUCCAUGUGGGGAAUUCCCUUGUUGGGCGGUGACGAGAGGGCUGACGUCAUCCUCUUGAAAUUCUUGCGGGCCAGGGACUUCAGGGUGGCCGACUCCGUGCACAUGCUGCUCAAGUGCCUGUCCUGGAGGAAAGACUUCGAGGCCGACAAGAUAUUAGACGAAGAUUUGGGGUUUAAAGAGCUGGAGGGGGUUGUGGCUUACAUGCACGGCCAUGAUCGGGAGGGGCACCCGGUUUGCUACAAUGCUUAUGGGGUGUUCAAGGACAAGGACAUGUACGAGAGGAUCUUUGGAGAUGAGGAAAAGCUCAAGAAGUUCCUGAGGUGGAGAGUUCAAGUUCUUGAAAGAGGCAUUGAGCUUCUACAUUUCAAGCCUGGUGGGGUUAAUUCCAUCAUUCAAGUCACUGAUCUUAAGGACAUGCCCAAGAGGGAGCUUAGGGUGGCCUCUAAUCACAUUCUGUCCCUAUUCCAAGAUAAUUAUCCUGAGAUGGUUGCCCGUAAGAUUUUCAUCAACGUGCCAUGGUACUUUAGUGUGUUGUAUUCCAUGUUUAGUCCGUUUCUGACUCAAAGAACGAAGAGCAAGUUUGUGAUCUCCAAGGAAGGAAAUGUGGCCGAGACGCUUUACAAAUUCAUAAGGCCCGAGAAUGUGCCGGUCCAGUACGGCGGACUUAGCCGACCGGAUGACGUGGAUGGCGGUCCACCGAAACCGGCAUCCGAGUUCACUGUGAAAGGUGGAGAGAAAGUCAAUAUCCAAAUUGAGGGAAUCGAGGCGGGGGCAACAAUAUCAUGGGAUCUGGUGGUAGGAGGGUGGGAAGUGGAAUACAGCGCGGAGUUUGUACCCAGCGGGGAGGGCAGCUAUUCAAUUGCUGUGGAGAAGACUAGAAGGAUUAGCAAUGGCAAUGGCAAUGGCAAUGCUGCUGCCGCCGCCGCCAACCAAGAGGCGAUUCGCAACUCCUACACGUCAAAAGAAGCCGGACAAUUGGUGCUUUUGGUGGACAACACUGCCUCCCGGAAGAGGAAGGUGGCGGCUUAUCGAUAUACAGUUCGCAAAUCGGCUCCCGCGUAAUUAACUGAAGCCCAAAUAAAACCACCGCUAAUUACUUGUCUUUUUUUUUUCCCUUUGGGAAAAGAGGAGGGGUCGUGUGUGUGUUGGUUGCGGCUUUGAAGAGUUUUUGAUGAUUAUCUGCUACCUAUUAUAGUACAAUGCUUGUGAACCUAAUGACAUCUAAUACCGCUGGUAUUUAAAAUUAGCAUGUCCGUCCUUCGACCUUCGUACGAUGAAUGUGCCAAUUUAAAAUUAGUAAGUAUUCUUUGGAAAUUUUUUUAAA